UGAAGUCUAAACCCGCUCGGUCACGUGACUCUUGAGAAGUUUUUCUUCUUCAUUUUUUCCACGUUGUUCAGAUGUUGUGUUUUUAGUGAUACAGAUGUAAGCAAGAGCAGAUCAUCUUCUUGUCGGACUUCAAGAUUGAUUUGCAUUCCGUUUGUUUUUUUUUUAUUCUACCAGCCUACAUUUGAUGGUGAUGCAUAUUUCUGUAAAAGACAAUGGUGUGGUUUCUGGAAGGGCUGUGCUUCCUGCCAACAUUUUUGAUUAUUUGGUCCUCGAGCACUUUUCUAGUGAAUUAUCUCAUUGCUGUCCUCCGUGGGGACGUCGAUGUGGUCUUCCCGUACAUCAGUGAUACGGGAGUGAACCCUCCGGAGAGAUGCAUAUUUGGCUUUAUGGCAACAAUUUCAGCUUUUGCAGGGUUUACCACCAUGUUUGCCAGAUACAAAUUUGUGCAGAAACUGAUUGAAGAAAAAGAUGUCGUGUCUCCUUGUCUGAACUUUACUACUCUCGUCUUGGCCGUAUGCUCUUGUGCAGGAAUGUGUGUUGUGGCAACAUUUCAGGAGACAGAGACCAGGAUUGUUCAUUAUAUUGGAGCUUCAGCAUUCUUCAUUUGUGGAAUGAUUUACAUCAUCCUACAGACCAUGAUCUCAUACAAGGCUCAUCCUUAUGGAUCUUCAAAGCUCAUGUGUCACAUCCGUGCAAUCUUUUCCUUGGUGGCUUUACUGGCAGUACCUACAACUAUUUUUUCCGCAUUGAUGACCCUAUUUGACUGGACCCAAGACCAGGAUUACCAGCUGCAUGUUGUGUGCGCUGUGAGUGAGUGGACAUCCGCCUUUACUUUCGUCUUCUUCUUCUUCACAUACAUCCAGGAGUUCAAGCAGUUCACUUUGCGAGUGGACGUCCAGUUACUGGGGUUUACAUGAGUCCGUUUCCAGCGUCACUGUGAGACAUGUCUGACUGCACAGUGGUUUUUUUUCUUUUUUUAUAAGAAAUCAAACUGUCAUGAUUUUUAUAAGC